AUGAAAGUUCUGACCAUUCAGAAACAUCUGGAGAACGAUAAAACAAAGAACAACUACCAAUUGGAAUUAUACACUAUGAUUCAGUUAGUGGGUGACAUUUCAGCGUUAAACCAAAAUCUACUGAACAAAAUCAUCGCAGAACUAGCACAAUCGAUGCUAAAACCUACGUUGGAGUUUGAUGAAAUUUUGUUGGAAUGCUUCAUGUAUCCCAGAGGACUGGAAUCUCUACUUCAUAAGUAUGAAUUUGAGAACAAUGCCAGCACUAUGGAGCACAAGCAUGAUUUUAACUUACAAGAUAUUGGUCAUGCCCAACUGUUAGAAAUAAUACAUAUCAGGAAGGUGAUAUUGGAUACUCAAUCAAGCUGCAAGGCUUUGGACCAGAACACAGGCUUUGUUCUUAAGAUCCAAGAAUUAUUCAAUAAAAUUGAGUGUUUAGUUUAUGAACUUCUGAAAAGACUGAGCGUCUAUAUCGAGGUACCAAAAUGUUCAAAAUUAUACAGGAGCAUACUGACAAAACAGUUGCCAAAUUUUAACGAAUUCUUUUCCGCCUACAAAAUGUUCAAUGCCAUUACAAAUUCAUUACUAGAAACUGCAGUGAAGACAGGACAAGAUACUACGAAAUACUUCAAUGUAGACGUUUCGCUAUCGGACACGAUUACCAAAUUCAUUAAAUCUAACGAUAAAUGGAUGCAUCAGAUGCUUCUCGAAUCAACUUCAUUCCAAGAAUUUCGUCUGAUACGAUCAAAGUGCGAUUCAAAGGCCGAAACUUCAUCUUUCUCUUCAACGAAUGACACAUGUUGUUCUUCUUUCACAGAAUUUAAUCAAGAGAGAAAGAAUCGUCUUCGGAUACAGCAUCGAUCAAUUUAA